CUGCACUCACGGUACAAGUUUGUUUUAAAAUGGCGGCGGAAGCUUCAAGGCAGGUACGAAAUGUUAACAAUACCGGACAAACGUAUAUAUUUCCGUGCUAAUUUAACUGGCUAAACACCGUAGAAGUUUUUUUUUCUGUCCAGCAGUGAUGCUGUGGGAGCGAAACAUGUCUAUCGCGUUUAAAACUUUAAUUUGGUUGUACUUGAGGAAGCGCUGGUAAAAGCGGUGAAUCACGUGUUUGUCCCGAUAAUUGACCUUAUACUGGUGCUGUUUUGUACACCAAGCUGCGCUGAGAAGACAGAAGUGAUGGUGGUAAAACAGUAGUCACAGCAUCAUCAUGGACCGCCCUGGCUGGCGGCUACCUGCCACCCACCUGUAGCAUCAAUCGGCUGCAUGGCGAACACGACACUCGCUACCCAGGAUCGGAGGGACAGCCGCCGCGGUGUGUCUGGUGGAACCAUGGUGGAGAACGGCUGUGUAGAGAAAGACCAGACUGCUACUGAUCUUCACGAUCAUAUCAACCUCCACCACCACAAGCCCAGCAUGGUCCUGCACAGUGAACUUGUCCUGCCCAGUUACAAGCCAUCUUGCUCCUCUACUCCCAUCUACUACAGCAGCCCACAGAAAAGCUACUCAGACAUGAGCCAGGACUGCCACAGCUUGUCUUCCCAGGACUCUGGUAUCCCGACUCUGGAGAUCAACCCUCCAGAACCCAUCCUCCACAGCCACCAAGGCACAGAUAAUGGAGGCCUCAUCCUGGACUCCAGUCACGACUCUCCUGCAACUUUACCCUUAGAUGAUGAUCCCUCUGAUGGCAACUCCAUCCGUAAAUCCUCCACCUUUCCCCGCAGCGGGUAUGACUCCAUCCGCCUCUUCAGCCCCAACCUCAGAUUAUCCGCCACAGCGGGGAUGAGCAUUGGGGGUGGAGCCUUGAACCGCAGUGAUGAUAUCUCUGUGUGCAGCGUAUCCAGCAUGAGCACUGAGCUGUCGGUCUCCAAUGAAGACAUUUUGGAUUUCACUGUCACCUCAGACUCCAGUGCCAUUGUUACUUUAGAGACGGAUGACAGCGGCAGCUCUCACUUCUCAGACGUGACGCUAUCAUCGACACCGGGAGACCCUAGAGAUUUAUGGAGACCUGUAAGACCUAAUCCGGGGUCAGGAGUCACACAACAGCAAGAGAAUGGCAGGCAGAAGAAACUGGGACCUCUGGCAAGUUUAUUCAACAAGAGCCUGUUUGCACGGAGGGUGAAGGACAGUCGACCAGUGGAGCAGAGGGAUCCAGGAUGGAAGCUGUUUGGGAAAAUCCCACCUCGGGAAGGCCCAGCUAAGGAUCCUAAGAGAAUACAAAAGGAAUAUGAAACAAAGAGUGGCAGAGCUGGACCUGGCAACCCAACGUCUCCUAGGCAGAGUGUGAGGAAAAACCUGGACUUUGAGCCCCUCUCCACCACCGCACUUAUACUGGAGGACAGACCUGCUAAUCUGCCUGCCAAGUCAGCUGAGGAGGCACAGAAACACAGACAACAGUAUGAAGAGAUGGUGGCCCAGGCUAAGAAGAGAGAGUUGAAGGAGGCUCAGAAGAGAAAGAAGCAGCUGGAGGAUCGGUGUAAGCUAGAGGAGAGCAUUGGCACAGCCGCCCAGACCUGGAACCAGGACAUCUUGCCUAACUGGAGUACAGUGUGUACAUCUCGACGUGUGAGAGACCUUUGGUGGCAGGGCAUCCCCCCCAGUGUCAGAGGCAAAGUGUGGAGCCUGGCUGUGGGCAAUGAGCUCAACAUCACACAUGAGCUCUAUAACAUCUGUUUGGCCCGGGCAAAAGAAAAGUGGAAGACUUCGCUAGCACCUUCCUCAGAGCCUGAGAUUGAAGAUGCUGGUUCAUCAGAUCGAGAGUCAAGCCUGGAGCUGAUCAAGCUGGACAUCUCAAGAACUUUCCCCCACCUGUGUAUCUUCCAGCAGGGUGGGCCAUAUCAUGAUGUGCUGCACAGCAUUCUGGGGGCAUACACUUGUUACCGGCCAGACGUUGGCUACGUGCAGGGAAUGUCGUUCAUCGCAGCAGUGCUGAUCCUGAACCUGGACACAGCCAAUGCCUUUAUAGCUUUUGCCAACCUGCUCAACAAGCCCUGUCAGAUGGCCUUCUUCAGAGUUGACCACAGCCUUAUGUUGACCUACUUUUCAGCAUUUGAAGUGUUCUUUGAAGAAAAUCUCCCAAAGCUUUUUGCACAUUUCAAGAAAAACAACUUGACCCCUGAUAUUUAUUUAAUUGACUGGAUCUUCACCCUAUACAGUAAGUCAUUGCCAUUGGAUCUGGCAUGUCGGGUGUGGGAUGUGUUCUGCCGAGAUGGCGAGGAGUUCCUGUUCCGCACUGCGCUGGGCCUGCUGCGUCUCUAUCAGGAUGUUUUGACCUGCAUGGACUUCAUCCACAUGGCUCAGUUCCUGACGCGACUGCCCGACCUCAUCCCUGCCGAGCAGCUCUUCCAGCACAUAGCUGCCAUUCACAUGACAAGCCGCAACAGGAAAUGGGCACAGGUCCUACAGGCAUUACAGAAAGAUCCGGAGCGAGGCAGCCCAGUGCUGAAGCGCUGACCUGAGAUCACACAGACUCUACCACUAAAAUUUGAUCCAUAGAAGACGGAAUGGACCUAAGACCUGUGUUCAACAUCUAUGGGACCUAUCUGGUUGUAGCCACUGUGAUAAACCUGUUGAGCUGUGUCGCUGCUCUAACUGGAACCACGACCCUGAAGGGAAGGGUGUGAAAAGGAUACAAGGCCUUAUUUAUCUCGCACCACCUCUCCAUUGCUCCGAGGCCCAGCAGUGGACUGGAAAGUUUAGCUGGCAGAGGCCGAAAAGAAUGUAUCUCACACUCGCACACACACCUACUGGGCUGACUCAGGUCUCCACAGACCGGAGGAAAGCAGAGAUACCAGUAAUGACCCAAAUCCUUCAUUUUUUUAUUUUCUGCUGUCUUUCUAGCUAUAGUUCCACUUCAGUUCACAUUUGGCUGUUUUUAUGACAAAAGGUUUAUGUAUGACAUUCCAAUCUGUAAUUACAUAUUAGUCUGGGAAAGUAAUCAUGAUGUCCUAAAAUGACAUCUUCAGAGACUGACAGCAUUGAAAUAUGUUAAGUGAAACCUCAGCUCACGUCUGUGUCCCCAGUGUGUUUUCUCUCAAAACCUCAACCAUUCCUUCAUAUUUGAGAAGUUAUUAUUUGGACCUUGUGUGCUUUUCAGUUUGCGUGUUUCCUGUACCAUUCCAUGAAGUGUGAAGAAAUAAAAUUGAUGAAAAUGCUCAUAACCUUCAUGCUGUAGGUUAAACACCUGAAGACAAAUCUGUUGUCUCUGAGUGAUAGCACCUCGUUGUUACGUUUAAUUAAAUGUUUGAACCCUGUAAAAAGAGGGGAUAAGCUGCCUGUAAAUGCAUUUUACAGUAUAUUUACAUCAAUGAAACUUGAGUAAAUAAUGAGGUAAUGUGUGCUGUAAGCCACACAUAACAUGCAUUGUCUAACAUGGACACCCCACCCUUGCUUAAGGUACAUUUCAGCUUUUAAGUGUUUUGAUUCCUUCCUUUCAAAUUUGUAUUUAUUAAAUAUUUCUCAAACAGACAUAAACAAGACUUAUCUCAGUCAAAUGAAGGGUGGCUGAUGAGCCUCUUCUCACCCAGUUAAGUGAAGAGUAAUGGAAAAAUAAUCAUUUUACUCAUCAUUUAAACAAGCAUCUUAGUUGUGUGGAAUUGCUAAUUUCUUUGUCAGAUAGUACAUUGAAAUGUUUGACUUUUAGAUGGUAGGUUGGACGAAAUGGAAAGCAAUUUGAGGACAUCAUCAAGUGAAGAGUAUUGUGUAGGCACUCUCUAAAAGCCCUGACAAUAAGCUACAGGGCAGCCUAUUGAGUGUGUGUGGCAUGUCUGUGAUUUAACACCAUCUGUCCAACUUGUUGUUUAGCUUAGCAAAAUUGGGAUUUCACUAUUUGACUAUAGUUUCUCACUACCUUUGUAUGCCUUUAUAAAGGAAUAGUUCACCCCAAAAUGAAAAUCCAGCCAUUCAUUCACUCAUCCCAAUGCUGAUUGAUUGAAGUCGAAUGAAUGUUCGCAGUCUGCAGCACAUUUGUGGAGCUUCAUAGAAAAACAGCAUUACAGCAUUGUUCUAAACUUCUAAAGUAGAUGGGGAUUUUAACACUCUGUAUGGAGCCAGUUUAUGUUUUUGUUUGGUUCCCAUCUACUUCAGUUGCUCAGGAGAAUGCUCCAAAACUUAUUUGCUAAGAAUCUCCAGGAAUUUUUUUGGACUACGGACCCUCACCUGACUUUCCGUCAGGAUGGGGAUGAGUAGAUGAACUGAGGAAUUUCCACUUUUGAUAAUUGAACUUUUCCUUUAACAUAACCAGACCCUGAACCAGAAUCAGACAACACUUCUCAUGGCUAAGCAAAACUUGCAAGAAGUCCAUAGCAUGCAAAUACUUGUAGUUGUUUUGAUGACAGAUGCUGGUUUCCUGUCAUCAGCAUGUCAGUGGUGAGAUAGUGGCAGGUGUGACUGUGUCAUCUCUCAGGCCUUGUGGCUGCUGUUCUUUGAGGUCGUCAGUUUGUCAGCGCUGCAUUCACAACAUGGUUAAUGUGCAACUCCAUCCUGACCAGUGUUCGGUGAGGCCAGUAUUUAUAACAAGCGUCAUUACCAGCAUUGUUUUGAUGAGUUCACACAGUGCUAAGUUAAGGUGAAGUACCAUCUGUACUGUUUAUAUCCACACAGAAAAGCAAGUUUGUAAUUUUUGCCAUUUUGCACAGACCUGUUCAUCAGAUGAAAUCUCAAAUCUAGAUGCACGCCCACCACCCCAAGCCUGACUCCCCCAGUGUUGUGACACACGGCAGGACUGCAAUAAAGCUUUUUUGCACGUUAAUGAAAGCCUUUGAUUUGUGCCUAAGAUCAUCACUUUGUCAUCACUUGCAGGUUUUAAUCAGUUGUCUUUGUCAUCCUUUAUUUUUUUGUGCUUAAGUUGUGAGCAGUUGACAAUACAAGCUGAAGUGUGUGGUUUUUCAUGUGUAUAUGUGUUUAAGUGGUAUUUCCAGAAUUAUCUUUUAGUUACUGGGUUAGCUGUUAUAUAUCAAAGCCUGGCCUGGCCUGUGUUUGAAUUGACCUUCCCAGCUCUGCCAACACUACCUGCUUCCUCUAUCACACUGGCAAAUAAUGAAUGAUCCUCAAAACAAAAUUCAAUCAAACUAAAUUUGAAUGGAAUGUGUCAUAAGCUGUUUAAUUCACUGGAUAUUUGUAAUUUCUUUGGUUCUGUUUGUUUUGCAAUUUUCUAUUUUGUUUUUCCUUAAGAGACCUGUGUACUGUAGAUGAGUGAUAGACAUGAAGACAGCAGAGGGUUACCAUGCAGCUGUAUCUCACUUGAAAUGUAUAUAAACAAUGGUUUUAUUAAAAUAAAGAGCUAUACAUAUUCA